UAAAUGUCAACAGUUAAUGCAAAAUCGAUUUUUAAACACAGCGUGCCAAAGCCACAAAGAGAAAGAACGAAGCCUGGAGAUUUCUACUUUUCCUCAAGACAUUACCCACUUGUUUGCUACCAAUACCAGUGCUCAAAACAUGUGUAAUGUGUUGGAGUUAGGGGUUGUUGCUGAAACUAUAAGCUAAUGAUAGCAAUUUAAAGAUGGCAGCCGCACGGGAAAAAAUAUUUUAUGAGAUUUGCCACCAUGCUCAGAAGUCUCCUCAAGUUCUCGACGCUGAUAUUCAACAGGAUGAAGAAAUUAGGCGCAACUGGAGGAGUGGAUUUUCUUGGUUUUCAAUUAGGAGGCUGAAACAACUUAGAAUUGGUUGGCCAGCUCAGAGGGAAGCAACUGUCAAGGAGGGAAAAUCAAUAGUUUUUUCUGCCAAUUCUGAAUAUAUUGCAAUCUUAUUCCAGAAUCAAGUUACAAUUUUGAGUAAAGAUGACAACUACACAGAUGCCUGUGGAACCUUUACUGCUCUACCUGAAUCUGAGGCUUUCUUGUAUGGAGUUUGGGUGGAUAAUCGGAAUAUCCUUGCAGUAUCUGAUAGCUUGGAUACUAUAUACUUUCUAAAACCAAAUGGAGAAGAGCUGACAAGGAUUCCAAAAAACCAUUUACAAGCAACGGGGGCAAUUAUUGGAUUAUUUGUAUGGGAGGAUCAGAGCGCUAAUAAAUAUGAUAGGUAUCAUAUCAUUGUUAUUACAGCAGAUUGUAUUCUUCAUCAAGUUGUUGUUGAUGGGGAAAAUAUUGCAAUUGCUUCUUCCAGCAGCAAGCCAGUCCAACAGUCAAAACUGAGAAAGCAACACCCCUUUGGUAUCUCAUGUUCUUGCUUUCACCGAGGCCUUUCUAUGCUUGUUUUGGCAGGGCCUAUAAGAAUGGAUGAAAGAGAUGAAGGUGUUGCAGGUAUAUAUGGUCUAUCUGUCUGGCGCUUAACAAAGACAUCAGAUCUAGAGCUGAUCUGCUUUCAUUCACAACUUAGAGGAGUACUCUGUUUUCCAAAGAGUCACUCAGGACCAUUUUUUUCUCCAAAAUUGAUCAUUGCAUCUUGUGGAAGGCAUCUUGCAGUCUUGGAUUUGACAGAAAAUUUGUGUGUCUUAACCCUGGAAGGGAGGCCACACUCAGAUGAAAUUUCCCUUAGUGAAAAUAUUGUGAAAAAUUUAGAUGAAGGAAUAACUACUGCAAGUCUACAUGGCAUUAGAGAUAUUGCAUGGUGGUCUAAGGGGAAACUUUUGGUUGUGAAAACAAAUGGAUCUGUUAAUGUAGUUGAUAUCCCUAGUUUCAACAAUAUUCUAGAAGAGGUGCCACUGUUUUCUUCACCAGUAGUGGGAAAAAAUCAGCAAUCUGAAGGGCAUAUUUUUGUUUUAGAAACUUUAUUUUCUGAGCAUUUAUCAGAAGAGAUAUCUGAAUCAGUAGAGCCAAAAAGUUCUGAGGAUGUGCUAGGUAGUACGAAGAAUUCUUCCCAAACUUAUCCUGAGAAUGGAAGCAGAGGCGUAGGAUGGAAGUUGAUAUCUCUAUUGGAACAGUCAGCAUCUCAAAAAUAUAAAAUACUGAUAAAUGGUCAGAAAUAUGAGGCUGCACAUCAGUUUGCUAUCCAGCAAGGACUUGAUAAAGAUGAAGUGUUCAAGUCUCUAUGGCUGCAUUCUGAUUAUGGAAAAGAGUCAAUCCAAAAAUAUUUGCCUAAUAUUGAAGACCGAAGUUGGGUGCUUUCAGAGUGCAUUGAUAAGGUAGGUUCAAGUGUAGAUUCUAUACAUGCUAUUCUCUCAUAUGGGCUUCUUGAGACAGAGAAUAACAAAUUUGAAGGAAAGCAGAAAGCUGAUAGCAGUACAAUGUGGAAAUAUUGUACAAUGAGACUCCGCCUCCUGCAAUACAAUGACAGGCUUGAAACAUUUUUAGGAGUCAACAUGGGCAGAUUUUAUUCACAAGACUAUGCGGACUUCCGCAGAAUGCCUCUCAAUAAAAUAGCCAUUGCUCUUGCAGAAAGUGGAAAAAUUGGGGCUUUAAACUUAUUAUUCAAUCGGCAUAGCUAUUCUUUAGCACCUUUCAUCUUGCAAAUUCUAAAUGCAUUUCCUGAAACCAUUCCUGUCCACAACUAUGAUCAGUUGCUGCCUGGGUUAUCUCCGCCAAAAAAUGCAGGAACAUUUAGGGAUGAAGAUUGGGUUGAGAAUCAAGAAAUGUUGUCCUUCAUUGAGAGCCAUUCACCAGAACAACAUGAUGACAUUGAUCUUAGAAUGAGCACAGAAAAUAUGGUGAAACUACAUCGUGGACUGGUCUGGCCAUCUGCUUCGGAAAUUGUUGAAUGGUACAAAGAACGAGCAAGGGCUAUAGACAAAGUGAGUGGGCAACUGGAGAAUUCUCUUUCUUUGGUGGACAUUGGUCAGCACAAAGGAAUACUAGAGUUGAGAGGUCUUUUAGAAGAUAUCUCUGAUUUAUAUCAUGUUGUGUUUUCUGGUAUUGAUAACAGUCACAACACUUUAAAGGACAUUGAUUUAAGUCUUAGUACAUGGGAACAGCUUAAUGAGUAUGAGAAGUUUAAGAUAAUGCUCGAUGGAUUCAGUGAAACCACAGUAGUAGAAAGGUUGAGGGAGCUGGCCAUACCAUUCAUGCAUCGGAAGCUCGGCACAAAUAAUAUAAUUGUGAAAGAUGAUUCUUUAAAUGAUCAAUCAGUGAAUUUGUCAGCCUCUGAAUUGCAUUCAGAGACAUAUCUAGUUAGAUGGCUGAAAGAAAUUGCAGAGGAUAAUCAACUGGAACUCUGCUCUGUGAUUAUAGAGGAAGGAUGCAAGUGUGCAGAUGUGAAUUGGUUUUUUAAGGAUGAAACUGAAAUGAUAGAGGUAGGCCUGCACUGUAUCUAUACUUGUACCCACACUGACAAGUGGAGUCUCAUGGCUUCUUUGUUAUCUAAGCUUCCAAGGAAUGGAUUGAGAAGCAAACAUUCGUCUGUUGUUUAUGAUGAUUUUAGUUCUAGACAGGGAUUUAGAAAAGGCUUGGAAAGAGUGCUUGGACAGUCUUCUGGUAGUGUAUCAUCAAAUUCAAAGGUUGUCAUGAGUCCACUGUUUUUUGAUGAAGAGGAUUCUAGUCAUCCAACCACAAGCAGAAAUCGCGAUGUCUGUGAUAGGGAGGAGAAAGGGGUGGAGGUUCUUGAAAACUUGGAGAAGAGAUUGAGAGUGGCUGAGGACCAUGUUGAAGUAGGAAGGCUAUUGACAAAUUAUCAGGUUGCAAGACCAAUUAAGUUUUUUCUUGAAGCUCAUGGGGAUGAAAAGGGAGUCAAACAGCUACUUCGUUUACUUCUUUCCAAGUUUGGGCGACGUCAACAGGGAAGAACAGAUGGUGAUUGGGCUCUCAUGUGGCACGAUAUGCAGUGUUUUCAGGAAAAGGCGUUUCCGUUUCUAGACACUGAAUAUAUGUUAAUGGAAUUUUGUAGAGGGUUACUAAAAGCUGGAAAGUUCUCCUUGGCAAGGAAUUAUUUAAACGGGAUACCAAGUACGCCUUUAGCAAUGGAAAAAGCAGAGAAACUUGUUCUUCAAGCAGCACGUGAAUAUUUUUACUCAGCUUCAACUUUGGAUUGCCUUGAAAUCUGGAAAGCUAAGGAGUGUUUGGAUCUUUUGCCGAAUAGUAAACAAGUCAAGGCUGAAGCUGAUAUGAUGGAUGCUAUUACUGUUAAACUUCCAAAGUUAGGUGUAUCUCUACUGCCCAUGCAGUUUAGGCAGAUUAGAGACCCAAUGGACAUAGUCAAAAUGGCUGUUGUGAGUCAAACAGGGGACUAUCUCAAAGUUGAAGAACUCAUUGAGGUUGGAAGACUUUUAGGAUUGACUUCCCCAGAUGAUAUUGCAGUAGUAGAAGCAGCAAUUGCAAGAGAAGCUGGAGCAACAGGAGAUCUUCAGUUAGCUGUGGAACUUUGUCUUUCUUUGGUGAGGAAAGACCAUGGGCCAAUUUGGGAUUUAUGUGCUGCUUUAGGAAGAGGACCUGACCUUGAUAAAAUGGAUUUCUAUUCUCGCAAAGAACUUCUUGGUUUUGCUCUAGGCCACUGUGAUGAAGAAUCAAUUGGUGAGUUACUUCAUGCUUGGAAAGAAAUCAACUUAGCAAAUCAAUGUGAGGACUUAGGAAAGGUCCUUGGGAAGAAAGUCUCGACAUUAUCUGAUCAAGAAGCAUUCAUUGCAUCCUUUCCUGUCACAAAUGUGAAACAGAUCAUAGGUUUAAUGGAGAGGACUGAAAGAGGGUACACUGAGAGCAUUCAAGAAACUCAACAUGAGGAAGCAGUUUUUAAGAUUUUGAAAGAUGCUCUUUCCAGUUGCACAGAAAAGUUCAUUAGCAAUGGGAAGUUUGAUUGGGAUGCACUUUUGCAUGAGAAUAAACGGUUUAUGUCUUUUGCUGCUUUGCAACUUCCAUGGCUUCUAGAACUAAACAAGACAAGUUUAGUUGACCUGAAUGGACUGUCAGAUAGUAGCUUUUCUAUCUUUGCAAGGGAUUGUUCUACCAUGCGGGCACGUGCAUUAGCUGCUAUUCUGUACUGGCUUGGCUGUAAUAACAUUGUUCCGAAGGAUAAUCUUAUUGCAAGUAUUGCAAAAAUGGUGAUGGAGAGGUCAGAUUUGAAAGAUUCUGAUUUGCUUGGGUGUUCCUAUCUGUUAAACCUUUUAGAUCCUCAUUUUGGAGUGGAAGUUAUUGAGGAUGCUCUAAGAACAAGAAAAGAGUAUGAUGAGGUUCAUAGUGCCAUGAAUAUCGGAUUGUUAUACAGUUCUUUACAUGGUUCUUCUUUUGGGACUGGUACUCCUGAACAGCGAAGGCGAUUGCUGAGCAACAAUUUUUGGGAUUCUCAUUCAACUGUUACAGAUUGCAUGAAUGAAAAGGAGGAGAUAGAGACAACCUUCUGGAAAGAGUGGAGAUUAAGAAUUGCAGAACAACAAAGACUGGCUCAGCAGGCAAGGCUUUUAGAACAAAUGAUCCCUGGGGUGGAAACAAGAAGGUUUUUGUCUGGGGAUACAGCAUAUGUACAAAACACAGUUUUUUCUUUGAUCGAGUCUGUAAAGAUUGAGAAAAAGAGCAUUCUUUCGAAGGGAUUAAUGCUGGCAAACAUGUAUAGAGUUGACAGAUCAGAGGUCCUUAUAAGAUAUUUAAGUUCUGCACUUAUAUCAGAAGUAUGGACAAAUGAAGAUAUUGAAGAAGAAAUUUCGGAGCACUGGAAUGAACUAUUUGAGCAUGAUGCAGAACUUCUUAAAGUCCUUAGCUCAACUGUGUACCCCACCCUUGAUACUUCUAAUAAGCGCCGAUUAACUUUCUUGUACAAAAUUCUUUCUUCUUGCUACGUGCAUUUAAAAGAAAGAUUGGAUUUGGAUCAUUUGUUAGGGGCUGAAGACGAGGAAAUUUUGAGUGGUCUAAAAAAUGAGCUCUUGAAUUUCAUAAAAACAAUGAUUACUGCAGGCUGCUCCUUUAGAACUCUUACCCGUAUUUGCUUUCAAGGAAGACCAAUAUUUAUCUCAGAUAGCAGAUCAGAUCUAGAUAAUUAUACGACUCAUCAGAAAGACAUACAUGAAUCCAGGGAAAGGCUGGCAUCCACAGGAAGGAAAGAUGAGAAUAUACUUAAAGACAUCAUGGAUGGAUAUGUGAGUGCUAUUGAUUCUGCAUUGUCAGAGAUAUGUGGCCAGACAUCUGAUUCAGCAGUUGAAAUUAAUAAAUUUAGCUCUAGAAAUCUGUGCAAGGUAUUGUCAUCACUUGCUGGUGCAGAUUAUGAUGACGAUGAUGUUGAAAGCUCUGACUCAAGGCAGCAACAUUUUGUCAUUUUACAAAGAAUGAGACGUGUGGUUUGGUCGAAGUUGACUGCAUUUGCUGAAGAUUUGCAGCUACCUGGUCAAGUUCGAGUUUAUUUGCUGGAAAUUCUUCAAUGUAUUGCUGGAAGGGGCCAUAUGCAUGCUUCUGGUGCACAGCAUGACAGUUUAUUACCCUGGGAUCAGUGGGAUGCCUUCCAGCAUAUGGAUAUUGAGAAUCUUUCUGAGAAAGAAAAUCAAUCAAAUGCCAAUACUUUGAGAAGUACUUUGGUUGCCCUGAAGUCAAAAGAGUUGAUAUCUACUUUAUGGCCAGGUGUAGAAGUAAAUGGAAAGGAUCUUGUGAGUGUUGAUUCAUCAGUGUCCUUAUUUUGUGUAUUAGCUGCUAAUGCUGUAUCUAAACAACAUAUAUUAACUUUAAUAUCGCUUCUGAAAGAGUGGGAAUGCUUGUUUGAGAAUGUCAAUGAAAGAUCUGAGACUAUGCAGACAGAAGACUCAAAGAGAACAACAGAUGAACAAGAUAAUUGGAGCGAAGAAGCCAUGUGGGAUGAUGGAUGGGAAGCACUUGAAGAUCUAAAAGUAGAGACAAAUAGCAAUGUGAACAAAGUUGUUUCAGUCCAUACAUAUCAUAUGUGUUGGCAUAUAAUUCUUGACAAACUUGUUGAACAGUGCGAACUGGAAGAUGUUUUAAUGAAGCUUGAUGAGGCAUGCUCAAACAAAGCUAUAAUAUUACUCACUGAGGAUGAGGCACGUAGGUUAACUGCAAAGUUGAGUAAGCUACAGCCUGCCAUUGCACUGAAAAGUGCCUUGUUACUUCCCUAUGAUUCUCUUUGGUUUGAAACAUUGGAGAUGUUUGCGGACAAACUGAAGGAGAUCAGGACAUUUGACAGCAAUGGACAAGAGAGUAAUACCAGUGAUGUACUAAAUGAAAACAACAUAUCAGAUGGCUUAAUGGAUAAUGGACUAUUAGCACUCAUUUUAUAUGCAGGUCUUUUGCCAUCCAUUGCUGGUAACCCUAAAUUUAUUACUAUUUUCUCUUACAUGUGUGCUUUGCUGGGGCAACUGGUGUGCUUGCUGCAAGAAAAUUAUUUAUCGUUACAAAGGAAGUCAAUCCAAGUUCCCUUUUCAAGAGAAAAUGAAAAUGAAUCCCUUUUCCUCUGCGAUGUGGCUUUCCCUAUUUUUAUAGCAGAACUCACAAGGGGAAAGCAUUAUUUUCUAGCAGGAACAAUGGUAUUUCAAUUUAUGCACGUACAUCCAACUUUUUAUUCUAUGGAUGGUGUAUAUGUUGCUCUGAAAAGAUACUUAGAAAUGCAAAUGAAAGUAGGUCAGGUAAAAUAUCAGAAUGCUAUAGGUGCUGUGGACUUUCCACACGGUAUGAAGAACAUUGCUAAUGGCUUGAGAGAAAAACUUCCAAGCAUGAUCAAAACAGCUUUUUCUACACUUUCCAAGGAUGUUAAGUAACAAGGCCCUUAAUGAUUUAAUGUUGUUGAGAUUCACAUGAAAUUAUUUAUAAUCCAAUUUUGUUGUCUUUUUCCCUAUGCCUGCACGGGAGGGACAGUGGAGUAGCCUCAUUUUGCUAACUCAUCCUUUCUACAUGCAAUUGAUCCUCAUCAUUACAUGUAAAAUUAUUUUGUUUCUGGACGGGUGACUGCGUGUCCUAUAUUUUUUUGUGGAAUGUGUAAAACAUUUUUAAUUUAAUAGAUUCUGACAAACGUAUUCAUCAAAAAAAGAAAAAAAAUUGUUUUGGUGGUUGACUCGAUCGGAUUACACAAUGGAAGACUUUCAGUUGACUUGUAGUCAAGGAUAUCAUUCCACUUGAAAACAGCAUUAAAUCCAUACCACAAUAAAUUUUAUAUUGCCUUA